AUUAAAUUUAGAAGUGCAGACAGGGUUGGAACCCAGAUAUGACUGCUGAAAAGGGAAGCCCCGAGUUUCACAGAAAGGCAGACAGACUGUCUGGGCCACACAAAGGACCAAGCCAGCUCUCUAUCCGUAGAAAGCAGAGUUUCAGUUGGCAGAGGAUCAAAGAAUGGGAUGAAGAGGGAAAACAUCAGGUGCCCUGCUAGAACCCUAAAGAGGAGGAGGAGGAGGAUGCCCUGCAACUUUUUGUUGCAAGUCCCGGUGGCUGGCGUAAGUUCUAAAACUAGGCAGGCUGCUAUGAGAUGACCUCUGACUUGAGCUGUUGACAUUCAGGCCACGUGAGCUGCUCUUUGUAAGUUUUCUGCUCUGUGAAAUGGCCAUUGGUGCCUGCAAGUACGAUGCUGUUCCUAUCCAGCCCAGUGUGGUUUUAUGUUCCUGCUCAUCUCCAUCAAUGGUGAGGAACCAGGUGGAUUCCAGCCUUCAACCUGUUGCUGCUGCCUGUGGCAGCCGACAGGAACUGAAUAUGGAGAGCACCUUGCAACAACCUCCACAACCUCGAAAGAAGCGCCCUGAGGACUUUAAGUUUGGGAAGAUUCUUGGGGAAGGAUCUUUUUCCACAGUUGUCUUGGCCAGAGAAUUGACCACUUCCCGAGAAUAUGCCAUUAAAAUUCUAGAGAAGCGUCACAUCAUAAAAGAGAACAAGGUUCCCUAUGUGACCAGGGAGAGAGAUGUGAUGUCCCGCCUGGAUCACCCUUUCUUUGUGAAGCUCUACUUCACAUUUCAGGAUGAAGAAAAGCUCUAUUUUGGUCUCAGUUAUGCUAAAAAUGGAGAGCUUCUAAAAUACAUCCGAAAGAUUGGUUCGUUUGAUGAGACAUGUACUAGGUUUUAUACUGCUGAAAUUGUGGCUGCAUUAGAGUACUUGCAUGGAAAGGGAAUUAUCCAUAGGGAUCUGAAGCCAGAGAACAUCUUGCUAAAUGGAGAGAUGCAUAUUCAGAUUACAGACUUUGGGACAGCAAAAAUACUGUCUGCAGAUAGCAAACAAGCGCGGGCGAACUCCUUUGUAGGGACAGCACAAUAUGUGUCUCCAGAGCUGUUAACAGAAAAAUCUGCCUGCAAGAGUUCUGAUCUGUGGGCUCUUGGCUGCAUCAUAUACCAGCUUGUAGCAGGGUUACCACCAUUCCGAGCUGGAAAUGAAUAUCUUAUAUUUCAAAAGAUAAUCAAAUUGGAAUAUGAAUUCCCAGAGAAGUUCUUUCCCAAGGCAAAAGAUCUUGUAGAAAAGCUUCUGGUUCUUGAUGCUACCAAACGGUUAGGAUGUGAAGAAAUGGGAGGCUAUGAACCUCUGAAGGCCCACCCCUUUUUUGAUUUCAUUACCUGGGAAAAUUUGCAUCAUCAAACACCGCCCAAGCUCACUGCCUACUUGCCUGCCAUGUCAGAAGAUGAUGAAGAUUGCUAUGGGAACUAUGACAACCUUCUGAGUCAGUUUGGCUGCAUGCAAGUUUCCAGCUCAACCUCUUCUCAGUCACUAUCUUCCCCAGAAAUGUGUCCCUUGCAGACUUCUGGAAACAACAUAGAGCAAUACAUUCACGACCUUGACAGCAAUUCCUUUGAGCUGGACCUCCAGUUCUCUGAAGAGGAGAAAAGGUUACUGUUGGCAAAACAGGCUGGUGGGAAUCCUUGGCACCAAUUUGUAGAAAACAAUUUAAUACUGAAAAUGGGGCCAGUAGACAAGAGAAAGGGGCUGUUUGCACGCCGGCGACAGCUUCUGCUCACUGAAGGGCCACAUUUGUACUACGUUGAUCCUGUCAACAAAGUUCUCAAAGGGGAGAUUCCAUGGUCGCUGGAACUCCGACCAGAAGCAAAGAACUUCAAGACCUUUUUUGUUCACACACCUAACAGGACAUACUACCUGAUGGACCCAAGUGGGAAUGCUCAUAAAUGGUGCAAAAAGAUACAAGAGGUUUGGCGACACAGAUAUCACCAGAAUGCUGCGAAAUGAGACUGUCCCUCAAUGCCCCAUCUCACUCCUUUGCUGCUAGAGUGCCACGUGCUCCCAGAUGGAGGACUCUUCCGAGCCCAGCCCACAUCCAGCUCCAGGGCCAGAACUAGUUCUUUUUCUGAGGAAAAGCCCAGCCAGUGGAAUUCAGGGUUGCUUUGCUUGCUUUUGUGCUUCUGGUGGAGCUUCUACACCACCACCCCACACCCACUUUCUGCUGACAUUGACUACAUUGGCUUCUGCUGCAGUGAGUGGAGUUUGCAUUGCUGGCUUUGCUGUAGACCAGUUAAGAUAACCAAGCCCAGAUCAUGUGGGGCUGGAUUAUUACUGUGAUCUUCUGAUUUAUCAUGCAACUGUGUUUUGGGGAGCUUGGAAAUCUCUCUUCAUGAGAAGUUGCCACCCUUGAUGCUGCUGCCAUCACUUUCCUUUCUGAUCGUUGGUUCUUUGGUAUCCAGCACUUGUCAUCAUGCUGGGUACAAACCCACAAAAUUCUCCAGGUUGUGUCCAGUUGCAGGAUCUCCAAGGAUGGUACUUCUAAUUGCCUGCCUACCUGCCCUCAAGAUGCACUCCGGCACAAGUGGAAAGUGAGAGGAAUGGUGAACAUGACACUUGAAAUCCUGGCAUUCUAGUAUCAGACAUUUUUAAAACAUGGGUUUUUAAUUUGAUGCAUUUACCUGUUUAACUGAGCAUAAAAAGUUACCAGCAUGCUUUUAACUAAUACUAAAAGGUGAACUAGUUAGUACAAAAUCAUAUUGACGUAAUAAAUAGACUCUUCACUUUUUCAGAAGAGGGAGCAAACCGUUUUCUUUCCAAGAUCUGGCAGGGGCAAAGGGUUGUAGGGGCUAACCUUUUUGUGUGGAGGGAAGGCCAAACAGAAGAAAUGCUGUUGUACGACUGAUGACUUGAUUUGUUGUCUCUUUGUAUAAUGAGGUGUACAAAUAUUCCUGUAUUGUUCAUUGGCCAAGCAUUGUACCUUUUAGCAACUUUGAAAAUAUUUUACAUGAUUUAAAUAUAUUUAAGCCCCUCUAUUAAUUGGACUAAUUGUUGUGUUCAUGUAAAAAUGUUGAUACAAAGGAGGGGGAAAUGUAUGGUACUUGAGUCAUAUCUAUCAUAUGUUUCAUAUUGUUCUUUUGUCUUUUUCCAAUUAAAAUGUCAUGCUCAAACA